AAGACAGGGAGCUGGAGCAUGGGAGUGAGUCGGUGUUUAGCCUCGUCUCAGGCAAGCCCUCUGGCCGUGCUGAUCUGCGUACAAAAGACGGAGUCCUCGGGGUCUGGUGCGGUUCGCUUCUCACAAACUUUUCCUCUCUCACCUGGGCUUAGCCAGUAGCGAGUGCGUGGGAUGGAGUUGAGGCUAUCAGUCACUUGUUUACUACCCACCUGUGCGUUACCUGGUGUGCACCUUAGGGGGCGUGGUUUUCCCACGUUUGUCCACACGAUCGCUAGCCCCGGCGAUAAACAAAAGACGCCGCACGUGCGAGUGCCAGAACACGGCGGCCACAUUCUCACCGGUGCGGUCCUAACAACAAAAUCGGGUCAACUGUCAGGGUAAUUACCCCACGCCUCGAUGACGUCGCUCAGUCGGCGAGCCAAUGGGCUCGCGCCUCCAGACAAUAGCCGCCAUUAACUUCCACCAAUCGGGGGCCCGACCGUCUCUCAACCCGCGAGUUGAAGGUGGCAAGCACAAAAGAGGGCCCCAAGACGCUUUUGUUUUCAGACGUGUCUAUUGGACCAAAGGGGGAAAGAAAAGAAAGAAAGAGAAAAAGAUCUGUGGGAAAUCUUCUACCGGGGGAUUCACACGACCGAGAACGCGCAAGGGGUAUUAGUCAGAGAGGACAAGAAAAGGGGAAAAAAACCCAAGCUCCAAAUAAGCAGGGGCAUUCCGAUGCACGGGCAGGGGUUUGUUCAGCGACUGUCAACCGAGUUAGCGGAGCGUGCAGUCGAUGAUUACGACUAGCCAAAGGUCGCGAAGCAGACGUUAAAUCUGUAAUCAGGUGUUCUAUCACUGGUUAGGGAGCGUGCGCGGACGGAUUCAUCAAGGCAUUCCAACACACAGGUGGAUUUCUGUUUUGUUGCUUGUCCCACUUGCCAGCUGGGAGUGUGAGAUUGCCGGGGAAAAAAUGAUGACGAGUGCCGACAUGGAGAAACAAACAAUGAAGGCAUCGAAGCCUGCGAUGGAAAAACGACGUCGCGCGAGAAUCAACGAGAGUCUCCAGCAGCUGAAGGCGCUCGUGCUGGACGGGCUGAACAAAAACAAUUCCCGCCAUUCGAAGCUGGAGAAGGCAGACAUCUUAGAAAUGACCGUGCGCUACCUGAGAAACGUACAACGCCAACAAGUCAAAGCUUCUAUGGAGACGGAUCCGGCUGUCAUAACCCAGUACCGGACAGGGUUCGCCGAAUGCAUGGGGGAGGUGUCUCGUUACCUGGGUGGGGCCAUAGAGGAGAACCCGGAGGUACGGGCACGUCUGAUUGGUCACCUAGCGGGGUUUUGCGCCUCCACCAAUCAGCGGCAACAGCAGCAGUCGGCAAGGUAUGCUGCGGUCACCAGCGCCCAGACGCAGUCGCCGGGGACCAGUCGGGUGCAGCCGCCGUCAUCGUCGACGUCACCGGCGGUUGUCAUGAACAGCGCCCCCAGCUCGACCCCGCCCAGCUCCGUCCACCAACGCCAUCACAGUCAGCAAGCACCGAUGCAGGUCGGGUUCCCGACCCCGCCCCUGUCGAACGGCGGUCUGCCGUCGCACCCGGUGGCCCUGAUGACCUCGCCGGCCGUGGAGGGGGCAAGGACAAGGGGCGCACCACAGGUACUCUCUGCGCAGGUGCCGCAACUUCCAACCCAACGACUGUCCCCUGCGAAGGGUACCGGUCGUACACCAUCGUCGGUUCCCAAAGCUGAAGUGCCCGUGUCGGAGGUCAAACCGCCAGCCAUGAUUGCCCAAAUUCUGCCGGCUAGCACAACCCCACAAGCUCCUGAUCCUCAGCCGAUGGGCGAUAUGAUAACUCUCCUCCUUCCAAGUCAGUCUCUGCCAGGGGGACAGGUACCGACCCAUCUGAUACCCGUCUACGCCCAAGAACCAGGGAAGGGCGUGGCUCCUCCCCUGGGGUAUUCCUUUGCCAGCUCUGAGACAGUUCCCUCGUCGACCACACCCCAGAGUAGUGGUAGCUAUAGUAACAAUCCCAAGAUGUGUGCCGUUUCCACGCCAAGCCCCAAAGUUGCUCAGGCGGCGCCCGCUAUGGUCUCCCCCGGUCAGCCAGCAGCGUGGACGGCCAUACCAUUGCCGACUGCGCAACUCGUCUCGCCGCAAGCGGGCGCUGUCGCGCCUUCCUCCAUGGCGCCGCCUUUCGCUUUCUCCAUCCCCUUUAACGCCAAAAUCUCGCCGCCCGGGGCGGCCGUCCAGGCUAAGAAACCUGCGGAGCAGAUGGGCCGUCCCAUUCGAUUGCCAGGGAUGUUUGCAGUAAAUACCGUAGCCUCAGGGGACAUUGAUCCAAUGUGGAGACCGUGGUAGAUGAACUUUUGUAAAAUGUGUGUGAUUUCUGUCUUCAUCUUAUACUUUACAUCUAUUCUUAAGUAUUUAUUUAUGUCAGAAAUAAAGAAGCAUUAUUGCUAGCAUAUUCGAUACAAUGCGUAUUUCAGAACACAGAAAAAUUUCGGGAAGUAGAAUGUGAAGAUUUUUAGGGUUAAACUUUGAUUUCGAGAGGCUGUGUCAUAAGCCUUGUAUUAACCAGCGUGUUUACUUUCAGGAAUUUGCAAACUUUUAAUGGUUGGCUGAAUUUCAAAAGUCCGUCUUAAAGCAGGUCUAAGUUCCAUUUAGAUAUCAGAAAAAAAGCUCACCAGGAACAUAUGCUAAAAAGUUCUUCAUGAAACCUCAAAUGCGUUUCCACCUGUUGCCGUAGAAUCACAUGAUUCAGAUUUGGUGUUAGUCAGCGAUUUUUUUUCUUCGAGUUGAAACAAGUCUGUUCCAGACCAACAAAUACAUUACGUCGAGUGACAAGUAUGCACGUGACGAUUCAAAUUGUUUUCACUGUUUAACGGAUCGUCAAAAUUGAGACGCUUAUCAGCCAUAUUGAUUGUCGCUUCAAGUGCCGAUUGCGUGUGUUUUUUUCUUCAAUGUUUUUCUCAUGAUUCAGUCUUCCAUUCAUAACACUCUCUGAACUUUAUUGAGCUGUUUUGUGUUUCUUGUAUAUAUUUUGUGACACUAAAAUCAAAUCAUAUUUUUCUGAUAAUGAACUAUUUUUGCAAUGGAAAAUUAUUUUUCUAAAUUUCUAAAUUAUAAACGUUUAGCGUUGUUUGUUUUCCUGUAUUUAUUGAAUUGAUGGAUUGAUUGUUUGUGGACUAGAGGCUAGCCUGUGAGUUUUAUUUUACACAGUACACAGUGUUUCGAAAACACGAGGAAUUUUCGAGGACAAUAGUUGAAGUGUUUGUGUGGUCUUGUUAAGUUAUUUAUGUUUUUGGUUUAUCGUGAGGUGAGCGUAUAUGCAGAGCAUAAAAAUAAAUUGUACUGAAGAGAAUUCG